AAGUCAAACGAUCAACCCCAUCUGAACCACCCGCGAUCGAGCGGUAAUAGAUAUGGGCACGAAUAUCUCUCUCGUCGAGGAUACGGGCACGGGUACUUACGUCGACAUCAAACGUCAGGAUGGCACGCCCGUAGCGAGCGUCGGCUUGGGCAAAGGCCGCCACCACCAGGUGUCGGUCCGGCCUAACACCACGUACGAUAUCACAUUCCAGCAGGGUGAUCGCGCCGUGACCAAACAAGUGUUCGUCGGGGGUGCCAUGUACACGGAGAUCGCCACUUCGUCCAUCUUCCACGCAGGCGUUCGACCACAGAACGAAGGAGGAGGCGGCAGCACUACAUCGUCGACGAACCCAGCUCCACAAGGUACCGAGGCUGAGGGAUGGGCCAAGUCAGAUCCCACGUCUCCGACCCCUCCGGCCUACAAGAGCUAGAGGCAACAUCGCUCGGCUUCAUUCCGCCAUGUGGAGCGGUCCCAGGAUUGUACUUGAGACGAAAGGCUAGGAUUAUAACAGUGCAGAAGUCCCGAGGAUCACCGGCAACGACGUAUGCAGGCUCUACCCGAUAACGUCGAGCGCUGGCCAUUCUCGGAAUCAUUGUCACGAAUCCCACCGUGAGGAAGCGAGUAUCGUGCACGAAACUACAAAGCAGUCAGUGUCGAUGUUAGCGGGAUCAUCUCAAUGGGGUGCUACAUAGUGCAAUUGUUUGUACUCCUAAUGUUCCAUCAAUCAAUCGAAGACGGGUGUUCAUGCAAUGCACCGCUU